UGAAUGCAGACGGAGCAGAGAGGAUGGAGCAGAGAGGAGGCAGACGCUCCGGGUCAAACACCUCUGAAAUAUACCCUGUACUAUUACGGACCUCCCUUUAAUUCACCCCCAGACUGCGGCUUGUUUUUCUGUCUGGUUUUAUAUCAUUUCCGCCGCUGACAUCUUGGCACCAGCCCGCUCCACUUCAUCUGCCUGUCAACACGCCGGACUGUCUGUCAGCGGGGAAAACACACAGAAAUCCCGCUGAAAAACACUCAUAAUACAUUUUCCACCGGACACACCUUCCCCUCGGACUGUCCUGUCACUACUACAAUCAACAUGGAUGAAGACAAUCACGUUCCUGAGGAUCUGUCCCUGGAGGAGAGGGAUGAGCUUUCAAACAUCCGACGCAGGAAGAGAGAGCUGCUCGAUGAUAUUGAGAGGUUGAAGUUUGAGAUAGCAGAGGUCAUGACGGAGAUCGAGCAGCUGACGUGUGUUGGAGAAAGUAAAACAUCCCAGAGAAAUAAACAGAUCGCGAUGGGCAGGAAAAAAUUCAACAUGGAUCCAAAGAAGGGAAUCCAGUUCCUGCUGGAGAACGACCUCCUCCAGCACACCCCCGAAGACAUCGCCCAGUUCCUCUACAAAGGCGAGGGCCUCAACAAGACCGUCAUCGGAGACUACUUGGGCGAGCGGGACGACUUCAACAUCAAGGUGCUGCAGGCCUUUGUGGAGCUGCAUGAGUUUGCAGACCUCAAUCUCGUCCAAGCAUUACGGCAGUUUCUGUGGAGUUUCCGUUUGCCAGGCGAAGCCCAGAAGAUCGACCGUAUGAUGGAGGCGUUUGCCUCGCGGUACUGCCAGUGCAACCCCGGAGUCUUCCAGUCGACAGAUACCUGCUACGUGCUGUCAUUUGCCAUCAUCAUGCUGAACACCAGCCUACAUAACCCCAACGUCAGAGACAAGCCCCCUGUGGAGCGCUUCAUCUCCAUGAACAGAGGCAUCAACGAAGGAGGAGAUCUGCCAGAGGAGCUUCUCAGGAACCUUUACGACAGCAUCAAAAACGAGCCCUUCAAAAUCCCAGAGGAUGAUGGAAACGAUCUGACGCACACAUUCUUCAACCCCGACAGAGAAGGCUGGCUCUUAAAGCUCGGUGGCAGGGUGAAGACGUGGAAGAGGCGGUGGUUCAUUCUGACCGACAACUGCCUCUAUUACUUUGAAUACACAACAGAUAAAGAGCCUCGUGGGAUUAUUCCUCUGGAGAACCUCAGUAUCAGAGAGGUGGAUGAGCCCAGGAAACCUAACUGCUUCGAGCUCUACAACCCCAACCACAAAGGUCAGGUCAUCAAGGCCUGCAAGACAGAGGCGGACGGGCGUGUCGUCGAGGGCAACCACGUGGUGUACAGGAUAUCGGCCCCCACGCCGGAGGAAAAGGAGGAGUGGAUCAAAUCCAUCAAAGCAAGCAUCAGCAGGGAUCCUUUCUACGACAUGCUGGCCACCAGGAAGCGGAGGAUAGCCAAUAAGAAAUGAUGACCGCCCACCUUUAUACACACCUGCAUCGCCACAAUGUCCGUGACCAGCAGAGUCCUUGUGCGUGUAUGUGUGUGUUAUGUUGUGGAGGCCUCCCGAGGGCAGACACAGGUGGGAGUUUACUGGACUGACAUGGUUUAUUUCCACCUGAAGAUAGUCUGCACCUCAGCUCUCGGUCGAUUCAACCAUUUUAUUUCACCUGGCACAGACUCGGAACACUGAUGUGUCAUUUGAGUGAAACUUCAAAAUCUUUACUAAGCUGGAUGAUAACAGAUGGACAAAAGAAUAAGGACUACAGCCAUGACUGGGAUCAUGGGAAAUCUUUACAUAGUGUGGCUGUGACGAGAUCGCCCACUGCUGGACACAUGAGGAAUUACACCUACAGGAGGAUUGUAACCUGAACAUCCAUCCUCCUCAUGUGGCAUUCCUUUCAUCCAGACCAGCUCGCCUGCUUGGUCAUCUGCCAACAUGACUCCCAGGCAACAUUUUAUUAUGUUCACCUCACAUGUCCUUCGACAACUGCCAACACCAACAACGUUUUUUAGUAUCCUGUAACUACAGAAAGCCUCAAGCUUCUAAAUCAGCUGGUCUGAUUGUCAGCCCUCAAGUGACUGUACCUGUAUAUGCAAACACACUGAUUUAUUCUCAACUCAUAUACUUAAUUUACAGUACACGCCCUAUUUGAAAGAGAAGGAAUUAAUGAAGGUUAAAGGGUUAUUACUUCACAUAUAUUGAGUGUAAUGAGCCUUUUAAGUUUUAAAAAGCUAUAUGCAUCCUAUAUUAAUUCUGUAAACGCUCAUUUUAUGUAUUGAAGAUCCACCUGUGAUCAAGUUUGUUUCUUUUGUAUUUAUUUUCUUGAUUUGUUUAACAAAAGAGGCAGCCCCUGAUUUACAUUAUGCAUGUAUAGAAUAUAUUGUACAUACUGUUUUUUUUUUUUUCUUUGUUGUGUUUAUGUAGCAUGUAAAUCAUAACGGCCGUAGCCUAUACCCGUUCACCUUUUCAGUUUAACAGCUAAGUUUACAAUAGUGGAAGAGGGACUUUGUGCAGCUCUUUGCAGAGCAGUGGAACCUCCUCGCACUGUGUUAUUACUGAAUAUUCAGAUAAUACAUGAUGGUUUAUGAAAGAAUAACUCACUAUGCUGAGUUGGACAAGAGAGUGUAGGACAUAGGCGGGUUCAAAACACCUGUGAAAAAAGGUGAAACAAAUGAGAUACUGGAAUUUUCAAGACUCCAAUCGUGUGAAUGUUGACUGGAAUAUGAGGACUGUUUUUACAAACUGAGAUCAAGACGACUUUCAGCCUAAUCUUAUAUUAGUUGGAGUUUUGAGGGUUAAACAUGGCUUGAUCUUCCACCCCGUCUACAUGUAUGUGGACAUUUUUGAAAACUGAUAUUUUCCCCUCUGUUUUAGAAAAUAAUUCUGUUCACACGAUCUUUGUUUUACAAAUUAUCUGUCCACACUAGAACGCAAAAACAACCCCAAACUCUCGACAACGUUGGCUGUUCUCCAGUCUCCCCUCAUCACAAAAGGUAGUAAAGUGUACAGGCUAACGAUACUUCCUAAUCUGCACCUUGGAAGGUGUUUUAGAAAAUUUCCAUUUUCGUGUGGACGAGAGGCCAAACCGUAGAGAAAAAUAUCUGUUUACAAAAAUAUCUGUAUACGUGUAGACGGGGCUUUAGUUUGGGAAAACUGCUCCUGAAUACUUUGAUGAAGACUUUGAAUAAAAUUCCACGCUGAUCAGAAAACA